AACAAGCCCCCCUGGUAAAACGUUUGUCCUCAGACUUCCGAGUGAAGAAGGUGGUUCAAAUACCUUCCAGCAACAAACAACAUGCAGACAGUCAACUCAAACGUCGAUUUUUCUCCGGUCCCGGAUAUCGUUGGUGCGCUGCAAACCAUCCUCGCACGUUCACAAGUGAUCAUUCCUAUAGACCUCGACACCCCAUAUGCCAAAUUCCCCAAUACCGACCACUCUGCUAUCGAGCUUAAAGACCAGAGCAUCAGUGCGAUCAUCACCGAACGCCAACAGCAGUUGGAUGCAGUUCUACACGAUAUCUCAGGCCUACAAAUCGUCAUGGAUAAUAUAAACAACCUUCGCCAGCAACUUGUCAAAAAGAAGGACAAGAUCACACAGUCGAUGAAUUUGCACAAGGGACUCGUAUCGGCUCUCUGGCGCUUUCCAACUGAAGUCCUGUCCCACAUUUUUGAGCGCUGUCUCCCGGAAUUCGAUGAGUGGUUGCCCCCGUUAAACCAACAAGCUCCUAUGCUAUUGAGCCAAGUAUGUCGGCGAUGGAGGGGGAUUGCUGUAGGCACGUCCAAUUUGUGGUGCAGACUGUGUAUGGGCAACCUCUGGCAGCGGGUUCCUUCCUGUUGUGACUCGUGGCUCAAGCGAUCACAAGGACGUCCGCUCUCGUUGGCACUCCAUCCAAGUCAUAUAAAUCACUUGGACGAGCUACGAAGCCUUCUUCAGCCUUACAUCAAUCAAAUCUCAUCUCUGUCUAUUGGUUUUUGCUGCAGCGACUGCCUGCCCGAAGUUGUGAUAGCAGACUUCCCAGCACUUCAGGAGCUGACCAUAUCCAUGGACAAUCCUAUACCAGCUGUUACACCCUUUAUCUCGCAAUUGCCAUUCACUCUGCGCAGUCUCAAAGUAACACAACUGUCGCUCAACCUCGAGGAUUUAUCUCUUUUCAAUCCCGUGUGGGCCCGCCUCACAAAUGUCGAGAUCGACAUAUGUCAGCCAAAUGCAUUCCCCCAGUUGCUCCAUCUUUGUCCCGACCUCUCCUCGUUAACAAUUGCUGUAGAAUUCAGGGGUACACAGGUCUUGGAGCCAUUCACGCAUACCAAACUUCAAUCCUUGUGCAUCAGUGACUCUUUUAAUACGGACACAACCGCAUUAUCUGGCUUAUUCAAUGCUCUCUCACUCCCCAAUCUACGCGCGCUCGAAGCUCGAUAUGUCCAACAGUGGCCUCAUGAAGGGUUGAAGGCUUUUUUGACACGGUCAAAUUGUCCCCUGGAAAGCCUCGUUUUCGGCGCUGGAGUAAGGACGACAGAUGAGCAACGAGCGGAAUACGUUGCCCUUAUUCCUUCCCUCCAAGUAGUAGUAGAUUCAAAUCGUGGUUGCUUCGCUUAAACAGACUCAGUUGUUACACAUUUCGCACAACGAUGAUACAUAUUGGGCUCCAUGGACUCACGCCAUACUACUCUGUUAUACUCUAUGCUACUACCCGCCUCGUAGUAGCCCUACUUAAUUAAGUUAGGAACUUUUCUUCGUCUAGGAUAGGACUUAUAGUCAACAAGUACCAUUUGAGUCCGGUCGGCGGC